AUGUCGCAACGGCGAGGUAGUGAAGAGGAUCUGCCUGGUCUGGCGUCUAGAUCCCAACCUUCCACACACCCGCCUCUGACCAGCGGUCUCAUCCCUCGGGAUUACCUGACGCGAUCCGACGUGGUGUCGCGCCCCGGGCCUCCUGGCUCUCGCCAUAUUUCACCCUCCCCUCUGCACACCAGCUCGUUGCCUCGGUCUUACCACGACGACUCGUCGGCUUCUCAAAGCCCACUCUCGCCGCGAUCGAGCGCCAACGUAUCUCCCGCCCAAAAUCGAUCGCCUGUCUCCCGUAUCGCGAAUGCGCCGUUUCCAACACCUCCCUCGAACCUGACCCAGACCACUCCUCGAGCAGCUGAGAUGCCCGGCCCGGAGGCAGCGGAGUCCUCCGCCCGGACUGAAGAUACGAAUGCGAAUAUUGCCAAACCGCCUGGGCUGGCCGAGGCCGAUCGUUCCGCAUCGCCAUCUGUCAGCUCCGUGCUGUCGGCACCCGGAGACCGUCCGACCCAUCGAGUCAUGCCUCGCACCUCCUCGAUUGACUCUGCUAUCUCAUCCUUGUCCUCCGCCUCGCAAAAGUCGACUUUCGAUGCCAACGCCCUCAGUCCGGCGGAUAUCAGCAACCUCAUCAACGCCGCCGGUUCCCCAGAGGCUGUUAUCGUGCAUCUGCUGAGGGAAAAACACCAAGCAGCCUCUCAAAACUCACAGCUGUGGAAGUUGGUUGACAAGCAGCGGACGCUCAUCCUGGGUCUGAACAAGGAUCUUGAUCGUGCCUUCAAAGAGAAGGAAAGAUACAAGAAGAAAUUUAAAGAGCUGCAAGACUCUAUCCCGCCACUCCCCACGGUUGAAGCUGCCACCCCUCGCACGAUACCAGUCGAUAUAGACAGCUCAUCUUCAAGUCAUGUCAAAUCCGCAUUGGAGAGCAAGAAAAAUAAUGAAGGACCACGGGCUGCGCCAUCCGCUACUGUCCCAUUUAUUACAACGUCCGGAGUGCCUCUGGGAGGCGCCUCAGUGGGCUUUAGUCCGGGCACGGAUCUCUCAUCUCCAGGCGAUGAUUCUCCAAGAUUUGCACAGCCAACUCGCAAACCACCGCCAGCUCCUCUGAAUCUACGACAACGUGACGCUGCCGAGUCGGAGCCCGCAGGCCCCGACUCCGGAUCAGAUUACGGUGACGGCGAGGAAGAUGGAAAAUCCAGCAUGGAUCGGGGAGGCGGAAGACACGAGAGGAAGAUGAUCGAGAUCGCGAACCCGGUCACAGUACCUCGUGAAAUAGCAGCGAGACCACCACAAAAUAUCAGCGGAAUAGGAUCUAUGGGGACCAUUUUGACCUCCCGAGCCAAGCCCGCAGGUUUGGCUCCACGCCCGAAUGCCUCCGGCCCUCUGAGCCCCGGCUUGCCAAUGAGCCCGCGACCAGAGGACCGACCGAUUGGUUCACCCCUACCUCGGAUGCCGAGGGACAUGUCAACUCCCAUGCAAUCCCAUGCAGCAUUCAACCUUUCCGGAAUGCCUAUCACGCCACGGAUGGCGAACUAUCCGACCAACUUUUCUCCUCCGGAUUCCCAAGCCAUAGGCGGAAGACCCGAGGGCUCGAUACCUUCUAUUGACCCCACAGUCAAAAUUGACAGCCCAAAAUCUCCACGGUUUCCUGAGCCUGUGAUCUACCAGGGACUUGUUUCAGAUGAAUACCCUGGCUUACUACUGUCGCCGAAUGCACUUCCUUUGGUUCAGGUGCGUGUGUCUUCUUCACGACUGCGACCCUCCAGAAAUAGCUACAUGGCUUCGAAACCCCUGGAUGAGGAACCCGUUUUCACUCUCAGCGUCAUCUCUCGAUCUGAUAUGGCAGAACUCUGGCGAGUUGAAAAAGUAAUUGCAUCUCUACCUCAGUUGGAUCAUCAAAUCCGACAGUUGACUGCUUUCUCCGGAAAGUUACCGGACCGGAGUAUCUUCAGUGGCCACUCACCAGCAAAGGUUGAUGCGCGGCGUGCAGCGUUGAAUGCUUAUUUCGAUAACCUUUUGGACACCCCCAUGGAUGAGAGAGGCGCACUAGUGAUUUGCCAAUUUCUUACCAAUGAUGCAAUUGAACCUCGUGACGACGAGACUAGUCUCCUGAAAAGUCAUGGUCAAGCGAAACCCGACAUGCUUCGAGGCCCAGACGGGAAACCAAGAAAAGAAGGAUAUUUGACCAAACGAGGCAAGAAUUUUGGCGGUUGGAAAGCACGCUAUUUUGUUCUUCACGGGCCCGAAUUGAAAUAUUACGAGUCUCCAGGUGGCCCACAUAUGGGAACGAUCAAACUGAACCAUGCCCAGAUUGGAAAGCAGUCCCAGAAUUCCAGCAGCCAGAGCAGCUCGCCCCCUGGUGCUGAUGAGGACUCCGAUAACCAAUAUCGCCAUGCAUUUCUGAUAUUAGAGCCCAAAAAGAAGGAUUCGUCAGCCCUUGUGCGGCAUGUGCUUUGCGCAGAAAGUGACGAAGAGCGCGAUACCUGGGUAGAUGCCCUCAUGGAGUAUGUGGAGUUUCCUUCUUCGGACAAUGAAAGCCGAGGUAAAUUGUCGAAGAGUCAGCCAUCGGGUCAAGGGAAACAAUCAUCCACUCCUGCGACCAAGUCUAAGGUGCAGUCCAAUAGUGGAAGCAAGCGGUCAGGUCGAGGGGUCGAAAGCCCUGACCAAGACAUUAGCAGUCCCGUCCAAGGGUUUAGCUUUGAUGACACGAUAGCUGCAGAACCGCCCAUUCUUGGCUCAUCCAUUGACCAGGCUCCCCGCUCACCACGCAUGCCAUCCGCUCUUUCGACUGAUUUUCGAGAACUAAAUCAGUCCUCAAUUGAGUCUCCUCUGCAAUCUCCCAAACUCAUUUCUGGUCCUACAAACGGCGCGAUCAUUCAGAACGUGGAAGCUUGGGGCAACAAGACAACGUCAACAAAGGAGAAGAAACGAAGCAUCUGGGGUUUUCGCACCAGAUCGUCCUUUGACUUGGCUGCACAGGCCAAUGAUUCAUCCACUGCAAACAGUAUAGCGGCUGAACGAAAAGGUCCCGUCAAGCCUGUCUUCGGUAUUCCUUUGGCUGAAGCCGUGCAGGAUUGUGCACCGCAAGAUGUGGAUGUGGACCUACCUGCUGUGGUGUAUCGCUGUAUCGAAUACCUGCAGGCGAAGGAUGCAGCGUCUGAGGAAGGGAUUUUCCGUUUAAGCGGUUCCAAUGUGGUGAUCAAAGCUUUGAAAGAGCGUUUCAAUACCGAAGGCGAUGUCGACUUUUUAGCUGGAGAUCAGUACUAUGAUGUUCAUGCCGUUGCAUCUCUCUUCAAGCAAUACCUCCGUGAACUCCCCACUACAGUUUUAACGCGAGAGCUCCAUUUGGAUUUUCUCCGUGUUCUUGAACUCGAUGAUCGGCAGAACAAGGUCAUCGCCUUCAAUGCCCUGGUUCACCGAUUACCGAAGCCGAAUCUCUCCUUGCUACGAGCGUUGUCCUUAUUUUUGAUUGAGAUCGUCAACAACUCGGAUGUGAACAAAAUGACCGUCAGAAACGUUGGAAUUGUUUUUGCACCGACCCUCAAUAUUCCCGCACCAGUCUUCUCGAUGUUUCUGACCGACUUUGAUAGUAUCUUCGGCGAUGCUGGCUCGGCUUCGGCGACGGUGGAGUUGACUGUCGAUCACAGCCUAUCACCCGACGAUGUUAGAUCCCCGCGCCAUCAGAUGUUCACCGACAUCCCAACACCUUCGUAUAAUCAAACCUCAUUCAGGGGGGCCGGAGAAAGUGCAAAUGGAGACCCCUCUCGAGUUGCUCACGACGCUGGCUUUGUUUCGAUGCAGCCUUCUUAUGAUCAAACUGGUUAUAGGCCAGAGAUAUACAAUCAACACCCAGGAGCUUCGGGCCCUUUCUCUUCCCUGAAUAGCAUGUUGUCUCCCGGCCAGGAUGACACUCGCUCGGCCAAGUCAAAGAGACGCGAGAGUUCAAUGCUCUUCAUGGAAAGUACAUCUGAAGACUUUUCUGUUUACCAGGGCAAUAAAUAA